AUGAAAUGGGAAUGGACGGCGGAACAUCAGAAAUCAUUCGAUGCUAUCAAAGACGAGUUAUGUUCAAGUUACGUACUGGCGCACUUUAACCCGCGGCAGCAGCUAGUUCUGACAGUGGACGCGGCGCCCGGCGGGCUGGGCGCGGUGCUCGCCGUGCGCUACCCCGCGGGUGCCGAGCAUCAGGCGUAUUUGGAUACAAUAAAUCACGAAUAA